CCUAACAAGGAGGGCAACUUGUCUGUACUUGUGCCAUCCAGCGCGGGACAGAUCAGCUCCUCCUGGAGGGAAUGAUUCAUUUGUUUAUUUAAUAAUUUAAUAAUCUAUGAUUUUAAAUGUUCUAAACAUUUUCCAAAUUAUGCCUCCACCCUUUUGAUGAAUGUGAAGAAGUCUCCAAGACUAGGGCCGUGUCCCCCCCCCCUCCCUGCCAAUGUCAGCGCGAUACUGCAAAAGGAAGUGAUUAAAAAUAAUAAAGCAGUUUUUAGCAAUUCGUCUAACAUGGAAAAAGAUUAAGGCGAAUGGCACAGCGUGGCAUGAAAUUUAGCGUUACAAAUAAACUGGUGGUUUAACAAAUGAAGGCAUCUCCUCAGGGCACGGGCGCACUGCUAUAAUCUCGCCGUGACAUGUUUAAUCAUUACAGGAAAGGAGACGAAUAAAGACUUUUGCCCUGGAGGAAAGGUGGCUGGAUUUCUGUUUAAAAGAAGGAGGAAAAAAACGGGCUUCAAAAUGAUUUCUAGCCUAAAGCCAUGUCUCCCCAGGCCAUGGCUUAGCCCCCAUAAUAAAUAAACCGGACCCGCUUUACCUGCAUAUAAUAUAUAUAGGCUUUUAAUCAUAGAGGGAGGAAAUCGGUCUUGUCACUCUGUACAUUUAUCACGGGCACCCUGAGGCAGGCGGGGUUACCUUUAUCAAAGACUAACUCCCUGCCUGAGGCUUCCAAACACGCUGAAAUUCAGCGAUUAAAGGAGGGAAUGAUCAACAUUAUUAUGGAUUCUCCUGCGGCAUUCUUAUUUGUGCAUUCAAUCGAAAGAUUUAUUUAAUCAAGAAUAUAAAAAGCUCUUUCUUCACUUAUUUGGGAACAAUCGUGGGCAUGAAUUUUUAGGAGGGAAUUAUAAUUAAUCAGUCGGGGCCCGUUUUUUGGGGUUCAUCCGAAAAAUUAAUUGUUUUUGGAUGAGUCCAUUCUGCUGUACGUUUGAUUGCAAAGCUGGGAUCAGAAAAAAAAAGUGUAACGAGCUUUAAUAAUGAGCCAGUCAGCUCGGUUGCUUAUAUUAUUAAAAUGGGAGCACUGGCGAAACUGGUGAUAGCGUAAUUAUAGCAGCAAUGAUCACAUAAAAAGGUUAGUCUUGUGCAGUUUUUACGCACAGAAGUCAAAUGAGAAAUACUUUUUACAAUGGGUCGUUUUAGUGUCAGAGCUGAAGAUUUAAUGUCAGCUGAACUCUAAUAAGCGGCUGAUGGGAGGCAGCAGCUCUGUGCCCCGCUUUGUCCUUUAAAUCCUGGUGCAUCUGCAGCUCAGAGGCCCUUUUCACUAGAUCUUCUUUCUGGUUUUGCACCCCCAACACAUACAAACACUUUUCAGACACGCAGCCCGAAAUGAGGACUGAAUAUGGUUCAGUGGAAAGGGAAAACCAUGGAGUCUAAAAAGACCUGCAAGAAAAUCUGACCUUUAGUCUGGAUACUAAACUUCUGCGAGUUAUGACUACAACAACAACACCGCUUAGAAACUGAAAAAAUCAGGGCAUAAUAAUAAUAAUAAUAAUAAUAAUAAUAAUAAUAAUAAUAAUAAUAAUAAAAACGAAUUCCUGAAAAUGUAAACAAACAAAAAAAUCUUCAUCCUGGCACGUUUUGAAAAAGCAAAUGCAGAUAAUAUAAGUGUAAUUAGUCUCAGCCUGAAGCAUCCUGAGCAGAAUCACUGAGGUGUCACCACUUCCCGUAGCCGGUCCCGUUAACUCGUCCCGCUUUGCAUCAACAGUCUGCAUACUGGCCUCUGUCAGAGCGACAAGGCACGUGGCCUGUUUGAACUACCUGUGAAAGUAAACAGGUAAACACAGAGCGAUAGGCUCUCCAAGUGGAGGACGUCCACUUAGCCUGUGCACAUUUACCUCUUCUUGCCGAAACCCUCGGCUCAAUUGAUCAAAUAGUACAUCCCCAGUCACUGGCCACAGUCUGCAGCCCAGUGCGCUCCCCUGCACCGUCACCAAACCUACUGUGACUUCCCCCUUGUCACCGUGCCACACACAGCAAGCAAAGCAGAAUGGCACGUGUGAUAAGUCUGUGUGCUCUAAAACAACCUGAUUUGGCUCCUUACACUAAAUAAGUCUGAGUGAAAUAAUGUCCCACAUGGGCCAAGUGAGUUUCCUGAUGAGAUGCGCACAGAGGCUGCAGCCGGGGCCAUUCCUCCGUGAUGCGUAAGGCUCUGUGGGUUGUCUGCUGCGGGCUGGAUGUCCCUUCACAUGUCGGAUUUAGGAGUGCAGCAUUACUUGGUGGAUCAGGUCAGUAACCUCUCUCAGCCUUACAGAGGCUCAGGCGCAGCUCCAGUUUGUCCAUAUAGACUACUCAGCUCAAUGGAGCCUUUGUGGGAUGUUGAGACUUGUGAUUAAUUCUGCCAGUCUGGGAAAAUAUUUACCUCAGGCCCGUGCGUCAGGUGCACUUGGAACAAAAACUGCCUCCAAAAAAAAAAAAAAAAAAAAAACUUUACAUUUAUCUCUACAUUAUUUGAAGCUAU